CAGUAACUGUACCAUUUUAGGGUCUCACGUUAUAAACCAUCCUCUUUCUCUGGUUUAGGGUUCCUGCCUCCUUUGUUCUGUAGACAUCAGCGAGUCACCUCAGAAUCUAGUCAUGGCGGAGCAGACUGAGAAGGCGUUUUUGAAGCAGCCUAAGGUGUUUUUGAGCUCGAAGAAGUCAGCGAAGGGAAAGAGACCCGGAAAGGGAGGGAAUCGAUUCUGGAAGAGCAUUGGAUUGGGUUUCAAGACACCCAGAGAGGCUAUAGAAGGUACUUACAUUGACAAGAAGUGCCCCUUUACUGGCACUGUUUCUAUCAGGGGUCGUAUUUUGGCCGGUACUUGUCACAGUGCUAAAAUGAACAGGACCAUCAUUGUUAGACGCAACUACCUUCAUUUUGUGAAGAAGUAUCAGAGGUAUGAGAAGAGACAUUCUAACAUUCCAGCUCACAUAUCACCAUGCUUCCGUGUGAAGGAGGGAGACCAUGUUAUCAUUGGCCAGUGCAGGCCUUUAUCAAAGACGGUCAGAUUUAAUGUAUUGAAAGUGAUACCAGCUGGGUCUUCUGGUGGUGCAAAGAAGGCAUUCACAGCAAUUUAAGUUGCGGAUGUGGUUCUGACAUUAAAUUUUGUUACUGUUGUCGUAUGAGACAUUUUAUGUGACUUUGCCUUUAGUAUUAAGUUUCUUGUUUCGACAUGCCAUUCCUAGAUAAGUGAAUUUUUUAUUUA